UUUUUUCGCUCCGUUCUGUUCAAGUCGUGUGUUUCGACAUGCGGUACCAGCAGCUGCCUUGGUGAAAAAGUAAAAAUGUGACUGUGCUUCUAAAUGGGAGAAUAAAAUCCGUAAAUUCGCCGAAAAUACGAUCCAAAAGAGCAUGACUAUUACGUUAAUUUUUACAUCAUAACAACCAGUAACCAACAUCAAAUAGUCAUACUGAAAUACAGCAUCAACAUCUGAUUUUUCCAAUUCGAAAAAAGUGUAGUGCCGUCUAUACAUCUAAUCAGCAGGAAGAGCUAUAACAACAUGGCUGACCAACAGGCAGUAAGUGCGCCAGAACAGCAACCCCAGCAGCCACCGUCGCAGCAGCAGCAAGUCCCGCAACAGCAGCAGCCGGAACAACAAACUCCGCCAAAUAAUAAAUCCACGGCAGCGGCGGCGGCUUCUGUCCCACAGCAGCAGAAGGAAAUAAUAGCCACAAAGGUAACCGGUGUAGUAAAAUGGUUCAAUGUGAAAAGCGGAUAUGGUUUCAUUAAUCGUGGUGAUACACAAGAAGAUGUAUUUGUUCAUCAGUCUGCGAUUGCCCGUAACAACCCAAAAAAAGCCGUCCGUUCUGUUGGUGAUGGUGAAGUUGUUGAGUUUGACGUUGUUAUUGGCGAAAAAGGCAACGAAGCAGCAAAUGUUACCGGCCCUCAAGGUGAAGCGGUAAAGGGAAGUCCAUACGCCGCUGAAAAACGUCGUGGCUAUCGACAGUGGUGGCAGAAGCGUGGUCAGCGUCGUCCCGGCCCUCCAAGAUCAAAUGAAGAUCAAAAUGGAGAUGGACAAUUGGAAGGACAACAGCCGCCGCCACAGCAACAGCAACAACAACAGCAGCAGCCACAGCAACAACAAAUGAAACAUCAACCGCCACCGCCACAGCAGCGGCGCUUCCCGCCGCGCGGACGUGGAGGAUACUCAUCCUACUAUCGAGGACCUCCACUCCGAGGACCACGCCGUGACGGUCCACCGAUGAACGACAAUGGAAUGAUGGACCAAAAUCAGAUGGAUGAUGGUCAAAAUGGACAUCGUCAAAGUGGACGUGGCGGUCAAAGGCGCUUCUUCCGUCGCAACUAUCGUAACGGGGGCCGUGCUAUGGGUGGUCCAGGAGGUCCUCCACGCCGAGGUGGAUACCGUGCAGAUUAUCAGAAUGAUUACCAACAGAAUGGACCGGAACAACCACGUCGCAUGCCACCGGGACGUGGUGGUGGGCGACCUCGAUAUCCGCGCCGUGGACCACGAAACUCGCAGAGACCGAGAAGCGAUGGUGGGGCUGGCGGUAGCAAUAGCGCCGUCCAAAAUACCACCACCGAAAGCUCAGCAUGAAGAACAAGCAAUGGAGCAAGGUAGGAAAAAAUAGCGCAGAAUGGUUAAUUAACAACAUCAUUUGAACCUCACCGACACACAGCUAACAUCAGCGGCUAGUCAAUUUUUGAACAAGCAUACUCCGAUUGGCUAAGCGAAUGUGUAUCGGAUGUCUCUUGGAAUGCAGCCUCUCUCUGUUUUGAAGCGAAAAGAUAAAAGCAACAUAUAGAAUAUAGAACAGGUUAAAUCCUAUACUAUUUUAAAAGUAACUAUUCAAUUGACAACCAAAUUGAAUAUUGGAUCGUGUUGUGUAGCGGAAAAAUGUUUAAAUUUUGAAUCGAAUCGGAAAAUCAAAUGCAACCAUCUAGUAUCAAAAGCAGCAGCAGCUCGUUUGAAAGAGUAGUGCGGCGGAGCACAUCGGGUUAGGUCGGACGUUACUAUUUUCGCUGGCUAGUUAAGCGUUCCUCUAACAGUGAAAAUGACUGCGGCGGGCUGCAUUAACAACAAACUGUCGAUGAACAUCUCCAUUCCACAUACAUUAUCCAACUAUCUACGAACAACUUCGCAACCAACUAAAAAUGCACAGUCUUGUUGUGGAGGCCUCGUAAAAACAUUGAGGCUUUUCCGAUAUCCUGGGAGAAUGAUUUGACGGUCGCGUUAAACGUAAGUACAUAUUGGCCAGCCGCAGUCCUGUUUCAAAUCCAUCACACCGUUAGCAGUACCGUUUCACACAUGCCGCGAUAGUUGAACGACUCAAACAUCCCCCGUACAAUAAUUAUAUCACUGUAUUGUUUUUUCGUAUCGUUUUCUAAAUUUGAAACACGUGUUUUUUGUUGUCUCAGACCACCAUAGUCCGAGUGAUUAGGAAACGUUUUCUAUGUCCGGCAAGUUAACAAUCAAUUGUGUAAAAAUAAUGUGAAACUAAAUGUCGAAAUAACCAAUAUUCGGUUUGGUUCAAAAUAACAGUUCUUGUUUUGCUAAUGAUUAAAAAGAUAGUAAUACCAGAAAGCAGAAAUUCACAAUACUAAAAGUAUACAAUAUUGAAGAAAAAGUAUAAAAUCUAAUUACACUGCAAAAGUAGUUGAAAAAAUGUUAAAGUAAGGUACACAUAAUCUGGCAAGAAAGGAAAAAGAGAGCAGUGAGACAUCGGAUAAUCGUGGACGGUGGUGAAAAAAGAUUAGAUCUUUUCCGCCGAACCAGGUCUCGUUUCUCUUCUUCUUUUCGCGCUCUAAUAUCGUUCGUGUUACUUUUUGUUUUUGUGUUUGCUUUACCAGAUAGUUACGAGCAAGAUAUUUUUAGUAUUUGAAACAGGCGCUCUAAAUGCGUUCCGUCUUUUUCAUUUUAAGCUAAAAUUUUUUGAAAGCCGCCACACAUAAUUACGUACAUGUUUUUUACACCUUAUCAAUGCAGAUUAAGAAAAAGUAAAGCAUUUUAUAUUGAUGUUUUUGACGAGUAGAAAUAUCAUUUUAAAAUAUAUCUAACCCCUCUUUCAACCACAAGUAAUAUUCAAAACAAAAGCAGAGAAAUGCGAAGAUAAAAUCCUUAAAACAGCACUAAAUGAACUUGUCAAGACAGUCCCGACAUCAAAUGAAUGGAAUUACAAUUGACAUGAUUGAAGGAGUGAAAUGGAUUAAAACCAGUUAUAUAAAACCACGCUAUAAUCAGUAAGGAAUGAUAAAAGUAAACUAUCUAAAUAAGAAAGAAAACUUGUACUAGUAAUAAAGAUAAAACACGUUUGAUUGCUACAAGAAGGGAUACAUAAGAAAUAAGAAUAACGUACAUUUGAGGUUAAACGCUGAGGGCACAUCUAAGAGAAUAGGAAAAACUAAAUAAACAAGAGACACACCAUCUGCCGCGAACUUCAACUCGCUAUUUUGUCAUCAGAAAAAAAACAAUCUACUGUAAUUGAUUUAUGGAAGCAUAAAAAAAUGGAUUAAAUCUAAAAAAAAUUGAAAAAAAACUGAA